UUUGCAUCCGUAAGUGAAAGUAUCGUAGAAGCGAAAGAAUAUUUCUUUGGAUUGUGAAGUGAAAGACAGUUAAUUCUAAAAACUAUGAGAAAUAAUCGAGCAUAAAUAGAACAUACAACAUAGAACUUUAAGGAUAUAAAUUUAAGAAUACACAAUCUCAACACACGAAUUUACAAUGAAGUCAGUUCCAACAAUGGUUUUGUUUUGUAUUUAUCUCCUAGUAUGGGAAUAUGGAUUUGUAUCAGCUAUGUCAUGCGAUAGUUGUGGAUCAGAAUGUGCACGAGCCUGUGGAACAAGACAUUUUAGAACUUGCUGUUUUAAUUAUGUAAGAAAACGAUCAACCAGCAUGCAUCCGUAUCCGUUAAACAAUGCAAAUUUCGACAUCCUGUAUGGCCCAAUGAUGGAUUACGAAAUAAUGAGAAGAAGUUCUGAGAAGUCACCGAAAUCUUUGCUUGGCCAUGAAAACAAGAAUUUUGAGAAUUUAAUGAUUGAAAAUGACGAGUCAAAAAAUCAGCAAAAUUUUUAUAAACCUUGGAAAGAAAGCAAUAAUCAUAUGGAUAACAUGAUACUUUUUAAUGACUAUGAACAGCAGAAUAAUCGACAAGGACAUGAACAGAAGCAACCAACAACUUAUGAUGCUUGAGAUUUUUUACUAAAACAUUUUUCAAAAAAACAACUCUACUAAUCUCAAUUUCAAGGUAUCGCUAAGGCUGGAGCAUAACCAAAUUAACCAAAAUUGAUGCUAGUAGAGAUUGUUGUGUUGACUGAAAGCCAAUGUCACAAACAAGAGAAAACAUGAUGUGAUGGUUUAUGAACUUUGUGUAUUAUAUACCUAUGACAAAAAAUUGUUUAAUAAAAUGUGUUGAAAUUUA